AUGGAGCGCUUGGACGCAGGGCUUGGUCCUUGGCUGUGGACGGUGGCGGCGGGGUCUUGGCCGCAAGAAGGCGCGGGGAGUGAUGCCGAGUUGGAAGCGGCUCCGCGGGUGGUGGUGGCGGCGGCACCUUUUGCCAUCUCGGUUCUGGCGGUGGCGCCAGGAGAUGGCUCGCUCGAUGCCGCCUGGCUCCAUUCCCGCCUUCAGUCGCGGGCCUCCAUCGUCGGCCUGCAUCUGCUGACCCACCCGGCCGAGCCGCGUGCCCGCGCUGUUGGUAUCCUGCUGGCGACUCGCCGGGGGCAUGAACUCGCGCUGGUGGCACUAGAUGUGCUUGUUGCGGCGCCGGAUACUGUCGAUGACGUCGCCGAUCUCGCUCAUGUCGUCUUGCCGGCUUCGAUCGAUGUCGCCGUCGGCACCGCGCAAGCCCCGUUUGAUGCCCACAACCCAAGUACGCCGUUUACAGCAGCGUCUGCGGCGAUCGACCCACAUGUGGUACUCGUUGUGCUCUCGGUGUACGAGACCGGCUUUGCCUUUUACACGCUCAAGCUGCCCGAGGCAGGUAGCUGGGCCGGGGUCGUCGCGGCGCCGGCCGCGCCGGGCAACGUCGGCCUGGACCUAUUGCCGCUGCUCGGCGUUGAGCCCGAGUCGGGCCUUGAGCUUCGACUCUCGCAGCUGGUCACCUUUGACAGUGAGGCGCCUGUGCUACCGGUUGUGCUUGACAUGGUGCUGGCUGAGGCGCCGGACGAUGCCACGCUGAGUGGCGUCCCGGCGUUCACUCUCUCAGUCCUUUACGCCGUCGACGUGCCCGGUGCACUGGGCGGACCACUGGUCCGCGGCGUCUUUGCGGCAGCACUCUCGCUGGUCCUUGGCACACACGCCGGCCUCUGGAUGGUCGACAUCGGUAUGGGUCCGUUCGUCGUCUCGGGCCUCCCAUAUCUCGCCUCGCGCAUGGUUCGGGUGAGAACCGGCGGCUUGCUGGUUGUCAGCCCAUCUGCCGCUGUGAUUCUCGACGGUGGUGGCGGAGUGGUGGCCGAGGCCGAGCUCCCCACUCGCGAGGCGGAAUCGAGCGAGAGCGACGUAAGCGUUCAGCUCGAUCCCAUGGCGGUUGCGCAUCUUGGCGCUCCGGCGCCUGGGCUCGACGCCUGGCUUGUGGGCCGCAACGCGAGGCGCCUCUCGGCGCUGACUCUCAUGUUUGGUGGGAACGACGGCGCCGCCACGCUUUCAGCUGUUAGUGUGCAAGUGGCGCCGGCACCGACGAGCACCCUUACUGGCUCCGCUCGAGCGAGCUACGACGUGACCCGCUCUGCCAUGGCGCCGCUGCUCCGCGGGGCUGAGCCGGGAGCUAUAAUGGGAACUCGGGUGGCCAGUGCCGCGUAUGACACUGCAUCGGGCCUGGUUGUUCUCGGCUUUGUAGACGGGCCGCCGAUGGGUGUGGUGUGGGAGGCUGGGCCUAGCCGUGUCCUUGUCGAGGUCGAUGCUGUUCUCGCGCCCGCGCACCUGCUUCCGGUUGCGCCUGUGCUUGCGUCGGCAAGUUUGGCGCUGGAGAACCGCUCGUUCGGGCGGUCGUGGAUUGUGGGCGCUGGGGUUGGCGCCACCGGAUGCAUCGCGCAGCUGACCAAGGCAUUGCCGGUCGAGCGACUGACGCCGAGUGGGGCGAGCGCUAGCAACGACGGGUUUCAAGGCGUCUCGCAGCUGUUUGCGGUGAGCCUUGGGCCCGAGCCGUCGGUUGCGACGCACCUCGCGUUCUCGUACGCUGCCGCGCGAGCCACACUUGUGCUGCGGUAUGUCCCCGAGACGGCGUCGUUUGAGGAGGACGGAAGUGUUUGUGUGGCCACAGACGAGGCGACGAUUGGGCUCGGCCGUGUCGGUGGCCUGGUCAUCCAAGCGACGCCCACUCGAGUGCGGUUCUGUGAGCUCGGCCGCGUGGCAACAUCUGCAGCGACGGUGGAGCGGGCAGUGGCGACAGCGGCGGUGGCGCCCGACGUGGCUGCUGUGGGUGUGGCGUCAGGAGCUGAGAUUGCGGUGGUGCAGCUCGGUGACAGCGGCCCAAGAGUGAUCAGCGUGGCCGAGGCCGAGGCCGAGGCGCCACCAGUGGCGCGACUGGCGCUCUCGCCCAACUCGGGUGGGCAUGUAGUGUUGGCCGCGGUGGCGUGGCACUCGGCCGAUGUGGCGCUGUUCUCGAUUCCGCCCACAGCCAGCGGUGGAGCGGCACUGCCGCUCGGGAGCGUGAGCCUAGCAUCUGGCUGGGCGAGCUCGGCGGUCUUUGCGCCCGCCAGCGUCGCACCCUCCGGCGCGCCGCUCUUAGUCAUCGGCUCGUCGGACGGCGGAGUGGCUUGGUAUGCACCCGAGGCUGGAGGUGCGUGGGAAGAGCGCGGCUCUGAGCGUGUCGGCCGAGCGGCAGUGAGCCUCAGCGCCGGGGCUGGGCACGGCGGCACGAGUCCGUUUGUUCUCGCGCACUCGUCUGUGUGGACGAUUCUCGACGUCCACAACUCCUCGGUGCUGGCUUUGGAUCCGAGUGUGGAUGCGCCUGCUGGCCUCGUCCCAUUCUCGACCGACGACGAGGUGCAGGGCUUUGCGUGGCUUGAUGCCAGCCACGCGCUUGUGCUCGGGCGGGCGUGUGGGGCUGGUGUGGUGGCGCUGCGGCGGCCGCUGGGCCUCACAGUUGUGAGCGUGGCAGCAGUCUCGAGCGGGGCGACGCCGCUGGUGGCGGUGGCGACCAUCGGCGGCGAAAGCGGGUCAGUGUCAGGCGCCGACUGGCUGAUGCUGCUUGACGGCAACACACUUGCUGAUGUGGGCUACGUCCAGAUGAGCCGCGGGCACGAGCUGGUGGGUGUGGUCGGAGUGGCGCGGGCGGAUGGAACGCCGCUGGUAGUGAGCGCGUCGAACGCGGUCGGCAACGACGGGGCAGCAACAGGGCUUCUCUCGCUGUGGCGGAUCGAGCCGCAUGGCGAGCUGGACGACGAUGCGCUGGUGCUGGCCGGCGCGCACUCGCCCAACGUCAAGCUGGAGGCAACGCUCGAGCUCCUGGAUCCAGUCGACAGUGUCCCGGUUGUAUGCGGCGGCAGCGAGGUGGUGGUUACCGCCGGCCCGCGGAUCCACGUUGUCGGCGUGGCGAGUCAUCCGUGGAGUCUGGAGCUCCGCAGAAGCGCGCCGCUGAUCGAGGCGGUGCCUGGUCUGGGCCACGAGGAGAAGCACCUGCUCGGCUCGCUCGGGGGAAGCAUGGCGGUGAGCUACGGGCACGGGAAGUUGCUGGUGACUGCGGCAGUGGCGUCGCACAUCCGCGACGCGCAGAGCCUCGCGGUGAUGUACGUCUUUCCGUACGCCGCAGACGUGGCGGCCCUGGCGCUGGUGGAUGACGUGGUCUGUGUGGCGAGUCACGGCGGCCGGCUGAGCUUCCACGACCUUGCGAUGCUCGCGACGGCGACGUGGGGCGAUGCAGCUGGCUUUAAGGCAGCUGCUGUUGGUGAGCGUGUCGAGCUUGGCGAUGUGGUGGUAAGUCUUGCUGUUUCAGAGACGGCGGCACGGACGUUGGAUGUGUUGACAGCCACCGGCGUGGUCACCACGGUCUCGAUUCCCGCCGUAGCGAGUGCGUAG